AUGGAGUCCGAUACUGGACAAUUAAAGGGCCGUCCGCCCGAUAAAAAUCCUCCUACAUGUUCGGAAAUUGGCGUGACUGUUGCAAAUGCAAUGAAUGUGUACUAUGUCGGAAAUGAAAAUAAUACAGAUUUACGUAAUUCUAAUAAUGAGGAGAUCAUAAUAAGAAGGGAACAUAAUCCAAUGCAAAUUAAUAGUGCUGAAACGGUGAUUGAAGAGUCAAUUCGAAUUGAAGAGUCGAUUAAUAUGAAUAAUGUGUGUGACAAAAGCAAUGAAGCACAAAAUAUUGAAAUGAUUGAGCAAGUACCUAGUGAUGAGAAUUCUAAUCGAAAUAACGUUGAUGAAAUACAUUUACCGAAUCGUUUUGAUAUGUGUGAUACUGGACCUUUUUACAUUUACGUAGAAUCUUUAAGUAAAAACAUUGGACGUUUACACCCUAUGGCUCUCGGAAAAUUACUACACAGAUCACGAUCGAUUCUGAAAGAAGAUUUGCUGGAGAUUAUCGUGAUUGGUAAUAAUAAAGUCAAACUAGUUCUUAGGAAUGGUAAAACAGCAAAUAGCCUUCUUGACGAUAAUUUUUUUACUGCUAAUAAUUUGAAAGCUUACAUUCCUAAAUACCUAUUAAUUAGGGAAGGUAUAAUCUUUGAUGUAGAUAUUAAUCUCACGGCAGAAGAAAUAUUAGAAGAGAUAGAAUCAGUCAUUCCAGUAAUAGACGUAAAGUGUUUUAUACCAAAAAACAUCAACAAACGCAGAAUCAACUCGCAAUGCGUGAAAUUAUCUUUCAGAGGUUCAAUUCUGCCGGAUAAGGUAGGUAUACAUUCUGUAAAAUGCCCAGUCAGCCCAUAUAUUGAGAAGAUCACCCAAUGCCACAAACGUUGGCGUAUUGGCCACGUUCGGGAAAAAUGCCGGAACGACCUAAGAUGUCCCAAAUGUGCAGGUCCUCAUAUUAAAGACGUAUGUUUAGAAGAUACCAACUAUCUAUGCUGCCUGUGCAAAGAUAACCACGAGGCUUAUAAUAAAGAUUGCAGGAUCUAUAAAAGAUAUAAAAAUAUUAAUGAAUUAAUGGCAACACGGAAUUUAUCUUUCUACGAAGCAAAAAAAAUCUUUGAUAACGAUAAAUACUCGAGAACAGUUAGAGUCAACCAUAGCAGCUUGAAUAAAGAUAAAGAUUUCCAAUGA